AUGCAUUGGGUGAAGAGCAAUCAGACGAAUGGUGAAAGCUGGAAUGUCAAUAAGACGGUGGGGGUUGUGCGGAAUAGCUAUAGCCAUGGACAGUGGGAUUGUAGCGACACCGAGAUUCUGGGCGCUCUGAAAGAGAGCCGUGCCGUGAAAGUCAAUGGACGAUACAGCUCUGUUGAACAUACGCCAAAAGAGUUUGUAGAGCUCUUGUGUGCAGGGGCACGGCCCAUCGGACAAGACAUUCGGAGAGAGCUCACCAUCAACGGCUUCGUCGUGAGCUUCGAAGGAGAUGUAUCUCAGUUGGGGAAGGGCGGUCUUCCACAUGAGCAACAGUAUAACCAAGCCAUCCUCAGUGUGCUGACGGAGAUCGGCUACAAGCCCUUUGCUCCACAAUCGUCGAAGGAGGGUGAUGGGAAGCCAGACCUCAUGGUCAACAUGGAUGAGGAGACGUUCGUCAUGGAGGGUGCGAAGGGACAGAUCUCAGAGCACCUUGAGCGUUUCAAAAAUUUGGAGAACUACAAGAUCGCCAGCCACAAGGGUCUCUACAUCAUCAGCAACAACAAUGAGAAGACUGAAGGAGGCGAUGUCCAAGUCAUAGGCUUAGUCCCCAACAUCGCCCACACCGCAUACACCGUUCACGUGAAGAGCAAGGGCAUCAAAAGCAUCAACACCUUCACGGUGGACUGCGACCUCGUGGCAAGGAGGUUGGUGCUCAAAGACGAUGGCAAGCCUGAGCUCUACAGUGUCCAAUCGCUGAAGAGCGUCAGCCUGCUGGAGGCUUCGAUAGACGGGCCUUUGGUGUUCUGUGAGGCUCUGCAGGACGGCAAGGAGUUUGCAGGCAACGCCUUCCAAGUGAAAGAAGCCUUGGCCAACGCCGCGACCUUAGCUCCACUCACUUGA